UAUAUCCAAUUAUCAACAGAUAUAAAAUCUGAGUUAGACAAGCACUACAACCUUUCAUCUGCCUGGACACAUCAAUCACAUUCCUCCUUCACCAUGUCUCAAUCUACACCUCUAGAUGUCCAUCUCCAAUCCCUCAUCUCAGGCCACCCCAACCGCACCGCUCUAGCCCAACAAGUAAUCCCCUCGCUCCUUCAAACCCUCCCUAGCAUCGCUCAAGCACUGCGAUCCACAUCUGUCUCGCUCGCCGGCAACGCCAACCACUUCGGCGACGACCAACUCAACGUCGAUGUGCUCGCCGAAAACCUGAUCCGCGAUGCCAUUGCAAAAGUACCCUCCAUCACUACCGCCAGCAGCGAAGAAGACCCCAUCGAAAAGCCCGCGUACCAAGGCACCCAGCAAAGCGAAGAACAGUACACCAUCGCCUUCGACCCCCUAGACGGCAGCAGCAUCAUCGGCCCCAACUGGUCCGUCGGCACCAUCAUCGGCAUCUGGGACGGCCGCAGCGCACUAUCAUCCUCCACGCCGCCGCGCACCAGCCUCGUCGCUUCGAUCCUGGGCGUCCUGGGGCCGCGCACCACCGCCAUCGUCGCCCUGCGCUUGCCGGACACACCCGGAACCGCCUUCGAAGUCCGCGUCUCGGACGACGGCGCUGUCGACGUCGUCCGCCCCAGCGUGACCCUCGACUCCGCGCCCAAGACGCGCUACUUCGCGCCCGCGAACUUGCGUGCUGCGGCCGAGGACCCGCGGUACUUGGCGCUCGUGAAUCACUUUGUCAAGCAGAAGUACACGCUGCGGUACAGCGGCGGGCUGGUGCCGGACGUGGUGCAUGCGUUUGUCAAGGGGCACGGGGUGUACAUGUCGCCGGUGACGGGGCAGAGUCCGGCGAAGCUGCGGCGGCUGUACGAGGUUGCGCCGGUGGCGCUGGUGGUGGAGUGUGCGGGCGGGGCGGCGCUGGAUGCGCGGGAUGGGUCGCGGGUGUUGGAUACGGCGGUGCGGGAUACGGAUGAGAGGGGCGGGUUGGUUUGUGGGACUGCGGCGGAUGUGGAGUUUGUGCGGGCGGGGUUGUUGGGGCAGUAGACAGGAGUCACGAGUGGGAUUGAUGGAGCGUGUAUUUACCCGUGCUUACUUCUUAGCACUACAUCAUCUACUUGCAUUGCCAGGUUCGUUACCUAAGUGGAGGAAGUUCUCUGGGUGCGUGUGUUCGACAUGUGUGGGAGAGAGUGGAAAGACGACGUGACCACACAACUGAACAAUAACGAAUGAUUACGACGGUGCUUGGGAGACGUCGCAGUGAGUACUGAAUUCGGUCAAUUUUCAUACGGAGAAUUCCUUCAGUGAAGCUAUAUCUAACGAUUUUUCGGUUCUUCCGUAGCAGAUCAGCUGUAUCGGCGUCAUUUGCGCCUUGAAAAAAGGAAGAAGUUUCAUGAAC